AUGAUAGGUUCUAGAGCUUCAAGAUCGUCGAUCUCGAUUUCGCAGCAGAGAAUGCUUUCCAAAUCGAUGUCAGGGUUGAAUCUGGACCAGAAAGUUCUCUAUUACAUCGGUGUCGACGUUGGGACCGGGUCUGCAAGGGCUUGUAUCAUCGACAGCCUGGGUAACAUUCUGUCGCUUGCGGAAAGACCUAUCCAGCGUGAACAACUACGUCCCAAUUUCAUCACACAGUCUUCUCAGGAAAUCUGGCAAGCGGUCAGUCACUGUGUGAAGACGGUGGUCAGGGACUCUGGCGUUCCUACCGAAAAGAUUCACGGUAUCGGAUUCGACGCCACUUGUUCGCUUGUAGUGGUUGAAGAGGGAACUAACAAAGAGGUUGCAGUGGGACCCGAUUUCUCCAACACAGACCAGAACAUCAUCCUGUGGAUGGAUCACCGUGCAAUGGAAGAAACCGCCGAGAUCAACGCGACUAAAGACAAGUGUCUCAAGUAUGUGGGCGGCCAGAUGUCCGUCGAGAUGGAAAUCCCCAAGAUGAAAUGGCUCAAGAACAACCUGCCCAACAACAAAUUCAGCCAAUGCAAGUUCUUUGAUCUUGCCGAUUACCUCACGUUCAAGGCCUCCGGCAGAGAAACUCGUAGUUUCUGUUCUACUGCUUGCAAGCAAGGCCUACUUCCAGUUGGUGUGGAGGGCUCCAAACAGGGUUGGUCGCGCGAGUUUUUGACCACUAUUGGCCUCGAGGAGCUCUGCGAGGACGACUUCCGUCGUUUGGGAAACUCUGUUAAGAAUUCUGAUAGCGGUAGCAAAAAUUUUUUGAGUGCCGGUGAAUUUGUUGGUGCCCUUGACCCUGAAAUCGCUGAAGAACUUGGUCUCAGUACUCACUGUGUGGUAGGGUCUGGUGUCAUUGACGCCUACGCCGGUUGGGUCGGUACCGUAGCCGCUCGCACCGAUGUUGCCAUUCCUGCAUUGGUUAAGACUGAUGAGGAGAAAGUCGGUAUCAAUCGUGCCACCGGAAGACUAGCCGCUGUUGCUGGUACCUCUACAUGCCAUAUCGCCAUGUCUCGUGAUCCAAUCUUCGUAGACGGUGUAUGGGGUCCUUACAGGGAUGUUCUAGCAUCUAACUACUGGUGUGCCGAAGGUGGCCAAAGUUGCACAGGUGCUUUGCUUGCGCAUGUGCUCACGACUCACCCAGCAUACACAGAGCUCUCACAAUUGGCGGACGCAGCGAGCGUAUCAAAGUUCGAUUACUUGAACUCGAGACUAGAAUCGCUAGCACAGCAACGCGCCGCACGCUCCGUUGUACAUCUGGCGAAACAUUUGUUUUUCUACGGUGACUACCACGGAAACCGUUCGCCCAUUGCUGACCCAUCGAUGAGGGCAGCGAUUAUCGGCCAGUCUAUGGACAACUCCAUCGACGAUUUGGCGCUCAUGUACUUGGGAGCCUGUGAGUUCAUCGCUCAGCAAACGAGACAGAUUGUUGACCAAAUGACCAAGUCUGGUCACCGCAUCCCUGCGAUCUUCAUGUCGGGUGGACAAUGUCGUAACGGAUUGUUGAUGAGACUUCUUGCUGACUGCACAGGCUUGCCAAUUGUGAUUCCAAGAUACAUCGACGCAGCGGUUGUAUUUGGAGCUGCUUUGUUAGGCGCUGUUGCCAGCGAGGGUUUUGACAUGAGUGGUACAAAAUCAGAACUGGCCAUCAGGAGAAAGUCUUCGAUUGCAGGUACGCUCGAGGAGCAUGGCCAGGAGAAAAAGUCCUCGUUGGCUAAAUUUGGUAAAUUUGGCGGUGGCGACUUGCCAUCUCCAUACACAGCCCCACAUGCUACCGCCAGCACUUCACAAAUUGCGUCUACGGUUGGCUACCCAUUCCCCACUCAAGAUGAAAAUCCAACAAUUCAUGAGGAAGAUGGUACGUCAGACGACGACGAUACUGCUGAGAACAGUGAAAAGGAGUCCAGUGGUUUGAACUUCAAGGUGAGCUCCAAGUGGAAGAAGGACAUGGAGGAUCGUAUGCAGGGUCGCGCCUCCGAUAACGGAGACACCAUGUGGAACGUCAUGUACAACAUGACCGGCGGCGGUAAAGUUGUCCAGCCAUGCGCGCCUGAUCAUGCAGACAGAGUCUUGCUCGAUGCCAAGUACAAGAUUUUCUUGGACAUGGCUGAAACCCAAAGAAAGUAUAGAAAGUUCGUCGACGACGUCGAACAUAAAGCUUGA